AUGAACAACCCUGGCAAUGCGCAGGGCAUUGUGGGCGGGGCGGGGCGGGGCUGUGUGCACUUCCGCCUCAGCUCCAGCAUGGCACGGCGCAUGCUGCUGCUGCUGAUUCUCCGGUGUACCGCCCUGGGUUCCGCUGAAAACUCCAGCUUGCCGACUGCGCCUCUUAGCAACAUAAGCAGGGGGCUCCCGGACAGGAGCACGGGCUCCGCGGUGCUUCGCUUUUUCUACGUAAUCACUGGGCUCUGCGGCCUGAUCUCGCUUUAUUUCCUCAUCCGGGCUUUUAGACUCAAGAAGCCACAGCGAAGGAGGUAUGGGCUCCUGACCAACACGGAGGAGCACGAUGAGAUGGCCUCUCAGGACAGCGAGGAAGAGACUGUCUUUGAAACCAGGAAUCUGAGAUGAUGUUGAGAUGGAGAUGACAGGCUGCAAGGACAAGAGAGGACAUGCAGUUCUGUGAGCUCUGAUGUCAACCUCUCUAGACGGAGCCUGCACAGGCCCUAGGAGGCUGCAUGGGCCAGGACAGCAUAGAGACCUUGUGGAGACUAGCCCACAGACUGGAGGCCCCCAAGGCCAGGCUGAUUCGGGCUGCUCUGUCAGCCUGCCUCCCGUAAAGCACAAGUCCACCCUAUGAUGAGGUGUGAAAGAGCAGAUGGGCCUUGGGAUCUCUGUGUACCUUCCUGCUGCUUUGGUGACAAUAAAUGAAGCAGUGGCUUUGUAGCUUAUCUGAAA